AUGGCCGCCGCCGCAUCCGCCCCCCGAAAGACUGCCGACGCCGCCGCUGCCCGGCCCACCAAGUACUACUUCGCCUACGGCAGCAACCUGCACAUCAAGCAGAUGAAGAGGCGCUGUCCCAACAGCCGAUACAUCGGCCACGCCCGCCUGGCCAACCACCGAUGGCAGAUCAACGAGCGCGGCUACGCAAACGUCGUUGCCGCCGACGGCCGCUGGGUCGACGGCCUCGUCUAUGAGAUUGACGAAAAGGACGAGGCCAAGCUCGAUAUCAACGAGGGCGUCGCCAAGAGCGCCUACGAGAAGCGCUACAUGCCCGUGCUGCUGCACCGUGCCCACGGCGCCCUCUACCGCCGACCCGUCUCAUGGAUCGUCGACAAGGGCGGCCCCGCGGCCGUUCGACGCCAGGCCAAGGCCCCUGAGCGUGCUCCCGGACCUGCCCAACACUGGGAAAACGGCGUGCUGGUAUACAUCAGCUUCAACCACGUCCAGGACAGCGCUCCCAAGGAAGAGUACGUCAGCCGCAUCAACCUCGGCCUCAGGGACGCCCGUGCUCUCGGCAUGGCCGACGACUACAUCCGCAACUGCAUCCGUCCCUUCAUACCCGAGGCGGCCUCCCUCGACGGCGGCACCACCGCCAACGACACCUCCUCGGGGGAGAACAAGGGAAAGUCGACGUCGACGGCGCGUGGCAUCAAGCGAAGCAGCCCUGCCCGGACUGGUGAGCGUUCUCCAGCCCGGAAAGGCCAAGUCCCGACCCGUCCUGACCAACAGACUCCCCUUCGAGCUCUGGCACGCACGAUGCGUAACGCCAGCGCUCCAAAUCUCCGGGCCUUGAGCCGUGUCCGCCCUGCUGCCGCUCCGGGGGCGCAGGGGCCGCCGCUGCCCCCGCGCGCCAUCCGAAGAUACCAGGACGUUCCAGUCAUCACUGUCGAGGAGUACGUGAGCGCAUGGGAGUGGAGAACGACGACCUAG